CGGAUCUAAAGUGAAGCAGUUAUACCAGAAAACAUCAGAAAGUUUGAAGUUAUGGCACAUUUUUUAUACCUGUUUUCCCUUUUUGUGGUGUGCGCCCAGCUGACUGACGCUUCACACCACUCAGCUGAACAUCACUCGGAGGUGUCCAAGCAUGUGCCCGUCAAAGUCACCGAGAAGGUGCCACUCCACAUUCCCCACCCAGUGCCUGUAAAGGUGCCGAAUGUGAUAAAAAUAGAAAUCCCGCAUCCCUAUGCAGUGCACCACCCAGUUGAAAAGGAAAUACAAGUGCCGCAUUAUAAAAUCGUUCCCGUCUAUUCCGAUGUGCGUAUACCCUAUACAGUGGACAAGCCAUAUCCGGUAGAGGUAGAGCGACCGUAUCCCGUGGAAGUAGUUAAAGAAAUUAAAAUUCCUGUACCUAAACCAUAUGCUGUGCCAGUAACUUAUUUCAACCAUGUGGUGAAAGAGGAACAUCAUUAGGAUUUA